AUGCCAUCACAUUCUUCCUCGCAUCCGCACGCCAGACACGCCUCGCCGUCCACGAGCAGCUCCGUCAAACCCACCGGUUGGAUCAGGUCCUCGUCGGCCGCGGCAGGCUCGGCGUCGAAACCGCGCGUAGGCGUGCUUUCAGAUCGAACCAACCUGCCGUCCUCCAAUCAUACGCCGCUGAAGUCGCUGUCAAAGCCGCCAAACAGGACGCUGGUGCCAUCGCGACUCGUAGCCCAGACGCGCACUCCCGCACCGUCAAACAGCACAAAACAGCAGACUCUGUCGAGAUUCUUUGCGCCAAAUACUGCCCCUGCAGGCCCUUCAAAGAGCACAUCACACGCAGAUACAUCCUCGCCGAGUCUGGAUCGGCCGCGCCUAAGCUCCACGGACGUGAGGGGGGCCGUCAGCCGCGUGCGCAGAUCACCACCCGAGCUUCAGGGUGCGAACAACGACGCUUUCAACGACGACGAUCUGGAAGCACGCGCGGCGUGUCUGCUUCGCGGUCGCUUCGGUAGCGUCUCUCGCUCACUCAGUGCCAGUACGUCUUCGACACCUCCAGCACCCGUCUCGCCCCCCACACCACCGUCCGACGCGCCUCCACGCUCGCCGCCCGUCCGAGCACGGUCUCGCGUCGAGCGCGUACGUCCGCCAAAACCAAUGCUCCCGCCCGCUGAGCCGCGAACACCUCCGCGCAAAAGACCCCAACCAAAUCCGCCGUCGUCUCCGUUUCAGCCCACACUCAUGGCUGAGUCGCUCUCCAACUUUACGCCUCCCGCAUGGGCCAAGAGCAUCGACCGCAAGUUAGCGCUGUUUCAGCGCAUGGCCGGUGUCCAAGACGACGUGGUUCGCGAACAGGAGAAGCGGCAGAUGGAGAACGAGCUGUCUAGAGCGCACAAGAGGAUGCAAGGGUCCUCGCCGGUCGCAGCAAAGAGCAAGAGACCGCCGGCGCCGCGGCAACGCACCAGCUUCGCCGAGAGGGUUGAGGCAGUGCCAACAGGGCGCGCGUCGGCAAGGACUGAGCAGAUGCCCGAGACGCUGCUCAGAUCGCCCACGACCAACAGGAGGAUCUAUGCGCUCGAGACGCAGUUGAUGCCGGUCCAGCGCGCGGCUCUGCACCCGGCAUCGAGGACCAAGAAUCCGUCCGAGGUGGUUCAGAAUCGGCCGCUGUGCACGCGUACAGAUCCGGUCGCGGCAGCGUCGGCAGAAGCGACGCAGGACGAGUCGGAAACGCUGCCCUUGGCUUGGCCUGCGGAAGGCGACGACGAAACACAGCCUCUUGCGUGGGACGACGGCGACGACGACGCUGCCCAAAUCCCGACGGAAGCUGUGCAUCUCUCAAAUCCCAUUGGCAGCGCUGGCGAGGUGCCCACUUCGGACGACGAUGACUUUCUCACAGAGCCGGGUGCGGCGCUCGAGGCUGCGCAUGACAGCACACCUGCAUCCAAACGGCGGCGGGUGAGUGAUUCGCCGCGCACGGUCAAGGCGAGCCCCGUCUCGCUCACGUCGGCGAGCGGGGCGGGCCGGUUCGACAGCGUCGUUGCCGCGCUGCGCCGACAAGAACGCAGGCAGAACUCGGGCAUGCAGCUCAGCCUCGACCGAUACGUCACCAAGCCCACUCGCAAGCUUGACUCGGACGACGAGCUCGACGUCCUGUCGGAUGACGAGGCGGAAGACGAAACCCAGCCUCUGGAGUGGACGACACCCGUCAAAAGACCGACACUGCAGCUGGCAUCGUCGCCGGCUGCGGCAACACAACUCAGCACCAGCUCCGGUGCGAGCGCGGGUGCGAGCGAGAUCAGUCUGCCGAGUCAGACGGCGCUCAAUGACGCGGAUACGCAGACACGCACGUUCUUCGAGCAGCUCUGA